GACUCCAUCCCCUCUUCCAGAGGAUUAAUUAUCUAAAGGAAGUGGUUGUUGCGCUACUGUUAGGACUGUACCUGAUCCUGCUGGGCAAAGGAGUGUCAUGUUGUCAGCUGGAAUUGCGCAGUGAGGGCAAAUUUGUGGUGUUAGAGAUAAACAACAAUGUAGAGCUUGAAGUCUUCAUUCUGAGCUAGCAGAGGGGGAAUUAACAGGAAAGAUACGACUGGGUCUUGGCGGCAUGUUGGUGGACAAACAGAAGCUCUUCCAUCCACCAGAAAUGGAUGCUUGUAUAAGGGGAGGACAGUGGCUAAAUCUCAGCACCCUCUGGGAUACAAACCCAACAUGGGAACGCCGGCCAUGCUUCUCCGAGAUCAAGAGAGGCAGCUACUUUCCAGGAACUGGGAUAGCUAUAUUUAAAACAUCUGAUCUACCUGAACUUAAAACAGAGGAGGCCUGUAUCAAAAUUGAGAUCUUUGGAUCUUGGACGGGGACAACGCUGAGUUUCCAAAGCACAGGAUUCCAGUAUGUUUUGAGACGAGAGGCUCAGUUGGGCCUAAAAGAGGGAUCGGAAACCGCUUCACUUCCCCAUGAACCUGCUCCCUUUACUGUCAACAUACUGAAACAUGCCUUUGUGGUAAACAGCAAAGCAGGGCUUGAAACGGAAAGUCUGGAUUUUUUCUCCAUGUGGAAAAAGGGGAUGCUACUGGCUCUUGGAGGAGUGCCAGAUGAGAGAGAGGCCACAAAAGUAUACAUCACCUGUGAGGAUGUUUGGAGAAAAUACUUGUCCAAGUCCAGGUCAUUGAUCUUGAUCAGGCAUUGUACAAACACUCAUCAGUGUAAUCUCACAGCUGUCCUGCAGAAGCAAUGAAUGAACUCACUUAAUAGAGAUUCAUGUUAAUCACCAAAGCAAGCUAAAGUAUAAGAUUUUCUUUGUGGUGCACUCAUCUGUAAUAUGUAGACCUAUUUACACAGCUACUCAAUGUUCAGUUGACCCA